CUGCCGGAUAGAUAAUGUUGUGAACUUGACGUCGGUUGGAAGUAAAAACCGAGUCCGGAGCGGGAUAGCGGGAACUCACCGGGACGCAGAGCAGGAGCACCAAAACAACUUUUUAUUUUCGUUUUCUUCGCUGAGGAAAUUGCUUCUCUUUCCGGGUGCGCGACAGCAGAGCAGGUAGCUCUUCGUUUGAAGUUGUGCUGUUGGUUUUAUUUCGCCUUGUGGAGCUGCCGGCGGCGAGGCGGACACCAGAGAAGCGGCUGCUCGGCAGCCACCUGACCUCCUGGAAAAUAAGACCGCCGCUAAUGACACGCAGGCUGAGGUCCUGAAGUGGCUCGCUGCUAAGCUCUCUGACGGAGCGGGGCCACUUUUCCGCGAGGCUGUUGCAUUCCCCGUCGUGACGCACUGUUUCGCACAUGAAGUUUCCAGAAUCCAAUUACUGAUAUUGAAAUUAUGCUAAGUGCUAAUUAAUUUGUGUCAGCUGUGAAAUUGAAUUUGUUGGGCUUAAUUGCCUGUUGCAGUUGCCCCUUUCAUCGCUCUGUCCAGCAAAUUGCGAGUAAUAAGUGGCUCAUCUGUCAGCCAGACAGCAUGGAUAUAACAGUCUUCCAGCGCUCCUGAUGCCAAGUGCCGGUCUAAUCCCGUGCCCCCAGCCCGUCAUGCCCGCUCUCUAACCCGCACCAGUGUGGCGCCGUGCCCCGGUCACACCGCCAGGAUGAGCAGCACCGACCUGGAGCGCAUGUCGCUCAGCUCCUCGGCCAACUCGGUGGCCUCCAGCGCGCGGACCCUGUCGGCCAACGUGAGGAAGCUGCACAACGCGCUCAACCUCCUGCUCAACGACUUCGAGAGGGAGCAGUUCAUCCACUGCCUCAACGUCUACCACUCCAAACGCAACGUGUACGACCUGGUGCAGACCCUCAACGUCAUCCUCAACGCGCCCAGCAAGCGGCAACUUCUGCCCAUGUUGCGGUUGGUCAUCCCCCGCUCCGACCAGCUUCUCUUCGAGCAGUACACCUCGGAGGGCCUCUACUUAAAAUCAGAUUUAGUUGCAAGCAAUGGCAACGCCGAACCCCCGCCGGGCGACUUCCCCAGCGCCAGCCCGACCCCCCCGGCGCACUUCUCGCCGAGCAACCCGCCCGAGUUUCAGGUGGCGCUGCGGGGCUCGCCGGACAGCUUCAGCACCAGCAGCGACGGGACAGCUCCGCUGGUGCCGCUGCUCGGGAGGAACUUUGUCCACGAGCCGCCGGGAGAGCUGCGGCAGGUCACCAUGAAGCGGCACAAGAGCAACGAGGGCCUGGGCUUCAGCAUCCGCGGCGGCUCGGAGCACGGGGUCGGCAUCUACGUGUCCCUGGUGGAGCCGGGGAGCCUGGCGGAGAAAGAGGGUCUCCGAAUCGGUGACCAGAUCAUGAAAGUCAACGACAAAGUCUUCGAUAAAGUGACUCACGCUGAAGCAGUGAAGGUGCUGAAGGGCAGUAAAAAGCUUUGUCUCUCAGUGCGUUCAGUCGGCCGGAUUCCAGGUGGCUAUGUCACCAACCAUGUUUAUACCUGGGUGGAUCCUCAGGGUCGGAGUGUGUCCCCUCCUCCUGACCUGCCCGAGCAUCGGAGCGCCACCCUGAGGAGAACUGACAGCCAGCGACGCAGCAACAUGCAGCUACUGCAGGAGGGAGACGAGAAGAAGGUCAACUUGGUUUUGGAUGAUGGCCGGUCUCUGGGUCUGAUGAUCCGGGGGGGAGCAGAAUAUGCUUUGGGUAUAUACAUCACUGGAGUGGAUCAGGGAUCAGCAGCAGAGUGCGGAGGACUCAAGGUCGGCGACCAAAUCUUGGAGGUGAACGGCCGCAGCUUUCUGAGCAUCCCGCACGACGAGGCCGUCAGGGUCCUGAAGUCGUCACGGCACCUGAUGAUGACGGUGAAAGACGUGGGCCGCCUGCCGCACGCCAGGACAGUGGUGGGUGAGACCAAGUGGAUCGCCAGCUCGCAGAUCGCAGAGAGCUCAGCCAACAGCAGCGUGGCAGGCUUCCCGGUGGACAAAGGAGCCUCUGCAGCAGGAAAGCCUGGGUUUUAUAAAGGUGUGGCGGGCUCUCAGGUGACCCUGUCCAGCCUGGUGAACCAGUCGCGGGCCAUGCUGGAAGAGCAGGCGCGCCACUUGCUGACGGAGGCGGAACGGCAGACUAUGGGCUACUACGUGGAGGAGUACCGGGACGGACACAUCGGGGUGGAGCAGCUGGUCGUGGCGCUGUUCGAGCUGCUCAACACGCACGCAAAGUUCUCUCUGCUGUCAGAGGUGCGAGGUUUGGUCACCCCACAGGACCUGGAGCAUUUUGACGGCUUGGUGCUGCGCCGUGAAAUUCAGGCUCUAAAGGCGCGACAGGGAACAGCCGGAGCCACGGCGCUCCAACCAGACUCCCUGUCCAUGGUGUCGUACCCGGACACUCUGACCUCGUCCUCAGCCAGCUUCAUGACCAACACCACCCUCAGCUCUGCUCGGGAAAGGCUGCUCUGGCUGAUAGAUAUGAUGGAGAAUGACAGCGUGGCGGAGAGUAAUGAGGACGUUCCUCCGGAGAGUCUGAACACGCUGCUGACCGACAUCUCUCUGGACGACGUUCAGUCCACCACAGCUGAAUCUCCCCCCUCCUUCAAGCCUCCGCCCCCACCCGGGGUGCAGAGGCGCCCAAGUAGACGAGAUCAGCUCAACAAAUGCCCCUCGUCUGAAUCCUCCCACUCAGGCUUGUACUUCACAGCCCCCGCCUCUCACAACCACAGCAAAGAGCCAGGACAUUCCCCCGCCUCGCCCUCACUGCGCUACAACCGAGAACACCCCAGGGACCCGUCUUGGGACUACGCAGCCGUCAAAAAGAGAGAUCCCGCCAAGAAAGAACAAAUAUCAGCUGCUCAGUUGUCCAUGGUCUCCCAGCACAACAUCGGCCCUUUCCCAAGGGUCCAGUCCCCCGGCAGAGGCACUAAACCUGCUGCCCCGUCCCCCUCACCUCCUCCUCCGCCUCCACUUCCCGCUCCUCCCCCGCCCCCUUCUCUGCCCCUUAAGCCAGUGUCCAUGACCAAAGCCUCCCCCUCCUCCCCUCCUGGCUCUAAACAACAGUUUGUUACAGUGGAGGUUCACAGGCCCAACGCAGAGCCCGACGUCAACGAGGUGCGGCCGCUGCCCCAGGUGCGAGGUGGCGCCCUGUCUCAGCUGUCAGACAGCGGCCAGACCCUCAGCGAGGACAGCGGGGUGGACAUAGCUGAGUCAGGACACAUCAGCAAAGACAGCUGCCCCCAUUCCUCACGCACACGCCAUCCCCGAGACACCCCGGGGGGCGGGGGGGACAACCCCUCCAAACCGCCUGGACUGUUGGAGCCCACCUCUACACUAGUGAGGGUGGCAAAGAGCGCCAGCACCCUGGGUAUUGCCAUCGAAGGUGGAGCUAACACUCGCCAGCCACUGCCGCGAAUUGUCACAAUACAGAGGGGUGGCUCAGCUCACAACUGUGGCCAGCUCAAGGUGGGUCAGGUGAUCCUGGAGGUAAACGGGAUUUCUCUGAGGGGCCGCGAGCACAGGGACGCCGCACGCCUCAUCGCCGAGGCCUUCAAGACCAAAGAGAGGGACCACGUGGACUUCCUGGUGACCGAGUUCAACGUGGCGCUAUAGCUGAACAGAAGAGAAGACGACGACGAGGGCAACGCAGAGAGAAGAAGAGUCCGAGGACGACGCGAUGGGGAAGAGCUUCAAGCAUCUGUUGAUUUAAAUGGCACAACUCUUUUAGAUAGACUGAAACAAACUACCAACUGAUCUCUGAGCCCUUCUCCUUUCUCAUACGCCCCACCCCUGAGUGGGGACAAAUGAGACUAUAAUUUACAAGGUAUUACUUCUACUGUGGACUUCGUUCAGGAUUCUCCUCAACGUGUUACCUCCCCACUGUGAGACCUUAUGCACUAAAACAGAACGUAGUGAAACCUAUACCUUUUGUUUGUUCUCUCUGUGUUAAAAUAUGGAUUUACAACUGUUUGACACCCACUGGAACUUCUCGUAGCACUCCCACCUCCCAUGGUCAGUUUAUUUGGUUUAUUAUUUGCUUCUGUCUGAGAGACAGCUGCACAUCUGAGACUGAUUCAUGCUCGACUUUACAAGCUUGGAUUUGUAUAUGUAAAAAUGAACAAAUGUAGAUACAGAUGCAUAUAUACUGUACACAUAAAGAUACUCCUAUAAGAAUUAUAAAGCCCGUAACCUCUGUUGCAUCAUCAACAUAUAGUAUGUAUAUAUAUCUAUAUAUUUGAAAGACGAUGAUUCUACAAAUUUUACAGUGAUG